AUGUGGGCAGUUGUAUGCAAAGGGGGAGCCUGCCCUAAACGUGGUGUCUCCUUUCUCCUGCAGAACGUGCGGAUCGACCCCGGCAGCAUUGCCUACAGCAUGUGGAAAGACAUCCCGGUGCCUUUUUACUUCUCGGUGUACUUCUUCGAGGUGAUGAAUCCCGAGGAGAUCCUGCAGGGAGCGAAGCCGGUUGUGAGUCAACGCGGGCCCUACGUUUACAGAGAGUUCAGGCAUAAAACGAAUAUCACGUUCCACGACAAUGGCACCGUCUCCUUCCUGGAGUACCGGAGGCUCUUCUUCCAGCCGGACUUGUCCGCGGGCAGCGAGGACGACUACAUCGUUGUGCCCAACAUCCUGCUCAUGGGAGCAGCUGUAAUGAUGGAAAACCUGCCGAACUUCGUGAAGCUCUUGCUGAGCGGAGCCCUGGCUGGCCUGAAGCAGGAGGCCUUCAUGAACCGGACCGUAGGAGAGAUCAUGUGGGGAUAUGAGGACCCUCUUAUAGAGACAAUAAAUGUGCUUGUGCCUGGCUUGAUCCCUUUCAAGGGAAAAUUUGGCUUGUUUGUAGAAUUCAAUGACUCCCACUCGGGACUGUUCACAGUGAAUACAGGUGUGCAGGACAUCAGCAGAGUUCACAUGGUGGAUUCUUGGAAUGGAUUAAGAAAA